AUGACACUUUUGCAUCUUUUCAGGGCGCUUGCUUCUGGAAGUCGGGCCCGUCGCUUCGCGGCUGAUGAGGAAUGCGUUGAGCGGCCGUUCGUCUGCUACACCUACGAGUGGCUGGCUGCCAAGGGAUUGCCGCACGAUCGUCCGGCUGCCUUUGAGAAGAAGUGCACACCAUGCCCGCUCGCUCCGUGCACCGAACCCGAAACGUUUGCGCCGAAGGGGGUCAUCUGGCCCAAAGUCACUUGCGACCCGACCGCAUUCUUUUGUGAUCAAUUUCCAACGGAGCGCAACACCGUGCAGCCGAAAUGCACCAUGCCUGUGGUCUUCGAGGAUAAGAUGGAUGGAGGAGGUGGGAAGCAGAAACACGUGCUGCUGCCGUUCAACGUCUGCACCAGGGAAAUGCUGGCCAAGGGAACGUGUCCUGUUGAGCUUCUCGAGAGCAACGUCCCAGCCGAGUUGAAGACGAUCAGCGAUGCCGUGCCGGCGACAUGCGUCAACGCGUGCAUCUACAAGGAGAAGGGAUCGUCGGCCGACUACGCUGAAUGCCAAGUGCUUGACAUUGUCGAUCGCCAGCACGAGACGGACAUCAAGAUCUACGUGCUCGAUCGGCAGAUGUCCGGCCCGUACGCCUCGUUGAUGUCGGCUGCCGAGAGCCUGAAAUAUGCGGGCAAAGAGGAGACGACUGCUGACGACACCAGCAAACCGCCCAGCACGGAGCCCAAUUCCCGCGCCCGCCGUGACGAAGAACCCGCCGCCAACCAGGACUACAAAUACCCACGAUGCGUCGAGGCCAAGGAUUUACAGGAACUGUGCACGACUGAACCUACGUCACCUCCACCGACCGUGCCAGAAGGAAGCAAUGGCCCAGACUACCUGAUCCCCGCUCUAGCCGUUGGAGGUGCGGCGCUCGUUGUCGUCAUUGCCUUUCUCAUCUGGCUGUUCUGCUGCAAGGGACGCGGUGGCGGGAAGAAGCCAGUCAGCGCGGAGGACCCCGCCCCAACGCCUUCCCCGGAUGGCGUUUCCACGGAUGAGCAAACCCCGGCCAGCACGAAGGCAGCCUCGGAGAAGGACGGCAGCGUCGCGGAGGCGGCUUCGCCAGCUUCAACCGCAGAGACACCGAAGGACGGCCCGGGCGCCGGAGACGCGAAACAAGCACGCGGCAACGCUACGGUCACGGACCGGGCGAAACCUUCACCAUCCUCGAUAGCCCGCGGCGCAUACGAGGACUGGAUUGCUUUGGGACCGAAAAGAAUAUUGGCGAAGUUCGCCGAGUUCAAAACUGGGACCAUGACAGAGAUUGCCCGAAGUCACGACGCGUGCACACAAAAUCCCAAGAAGAACCGGUACAAGGACACAAAAUGCUUGGACAAGGGACGAGUCCGGCUGAGGGGCCGCCCGGACAAAAACGACUACAUCCAUGCGAAUUAUGUCACAACGGCGAAAGGCUCGGACAACAUGAUUCUCACACAAGGGCCGCUGCCCGCCAAGAAGAACAAGGAUGAAACCGAAAAGCCGGAAACGGGCACCUGCGAAGAUUUUUGGAGGAUGUGCGUCGAACAAGGCGUGCAGGUCAUCUUGCAGCUAUGCGACUUCUACGAAAGCGGCAUGCCGAAGUGCGCCAAAUACUUCCCAGACCACAAGAAUGAGCCUAUGCAGAUCGGCGUCUACACCGUCACCUUAAUCCGCCCCAUCGUCAUCCACUGUUCCGCCGGGAUCGGACGCUCCGGGGUUGCCGCCGUCAUCCAAUACGUCCUUCACGCCAUCGAAUGUGGAGUGCCCUUCACCAACCUGCUCGACAUCAUCAAGGAGAUGCGCAAGGAGCGCGCGAAGUUGGUGCAGACGCCGGAACAGUACCUCUACGUGCACAUGGUGCUCCUCAAAUUAUUUCGCGCGAUGGGUUUGCUGGACGAAUCUUGUGACGAUGAUAUCGCCAAAUUCGAAAAGGAUUACAUUGAGUUGAUGGCGAAUCCGACGAAC